CCUGCCUCGGUGAUAUAACUUGGGUCGCAGACUGCCACCGUCUGCGGCCUGAACCUUAACUCCUGGUCUCUCGCCUUCCUACCGGAUAGCAUGAGCUUCACCACCCACUCCACCACCUUCUCCACCAACUACCGGUCCCUGGGGUCCGUCCGGUCGCCCAGCCACCGGGUCCGGCCCGCCAGCAGCGCGGCCAGCGUCUAUGCAGGCGCUGGGGGCUCAGGCUCCCGGAUCUCUGUGUCCCGCUCCUCCAGUUUCCGGGGCGGCUGGGGGUCCGGGAGCUCGGCGACGGGGAUGGCCGGGGGUCUGUCGGGAAUGGGCGGCAUCCAGAACGAGAAAGAGACCAUGCAAGACCUGAACGAUCGCCUGGCCUCCUACCUGGACAGAGUGAGGAGCCUGGAGACAGAUAAUCGGAGGCUGGAAAGCAAAAUCCGAGAACAUCUGGAAAAGAAGGGACCCCAGGUCAGAGACUGGGGGCAUUACUUCAAGACCAUCGAGGAGCUGCGGGCUCAGAUCUUCGCAAAUUCUGUGGACAACGCCCGCAUCGUUCUGCAGAUUGACAAUGCUCGUCUUGCUGCUGAUGACUUUAGAGUCAAGUACGAGACAGAGCUGGCCAUGCGCCAGUCUGUGGAGAGUGAUAUCCAUGGGCUCCGCAAGGUCAUUGAUGACACCAAUAUCACUCGGCUGCAGCUGGAGACGGAAAUUGAGACUCUCAAGGAAGAGCUGCUCUUCAUGAAGAAGAACCAUGAGGAGGAAGUCAAAGGCCUUCAAGCCCAGAUUGCCAACUCUGGAUUGACUGUGGAGGUGGAUGCCCCCAAAUCUCAGGACCUCAGCAAGAUCAUGGCAGACAUCCGGGCUCAGUAUGAUGAGCUGGCUCAGAAGAACCGAGAGGAGCUGGACAAGUACUGGUCCCAGCAGAUUGAGGAAAGCACCACAGUGGUCACCUCGCAGACAGCUGAGAUUGGAGCUGCUGAGAUAACACUCACUGAGCUGAGACGCACAGUCCAGUCCUUGGAAAUUGACCUGGACUCCAUGAGAAAUCUGAAGGCCAGCUUAGAGAACAGUCUGAGGGAAGUGGAGGCCCGCUACUCCAUGCAGAUGGAACAGCUCAAUGGGGUCCUGCUGCACCUGGAAUCAGAACUGGCCCAGACACGAGCAGAGGGGCAGCGCCAGACCCAGGACUAUGAGGCCCUACUGAACAUCAAGGUCAAGCUGGAGGCUGAGAUUGCCACUUACCGCCGCCUGUUAGAAGACGGAGAAGACUUCAAUCUCAAUGAUGCCCUGGACAGCAGCAACUCCAUGCAAACCAUCCAAAAGACCACCACCCGCAGGAUUGUGGAUGGCAAAAUAGUGUCUGAGACCAAUGACACCAAAGUGCUGAGACGCUGAAGCAGCAGGAGCAGGGGACCCUCAAGGAGCAAGGGACCAAUAAAAGUUCCAAGAUCAUU